AUGCAACGGCGUCCACUCACUCGUAUUGAUUAUGGAUUACAAGAUUUAAUUGAAUUUAAACGGUACAUCGAUUCCAGAAAGGUCGGUGAGACUGCGAAGAUUGAUGAAACCAAGCCCACUCCCGAGGCCCCACCACAAUCGACCGAGCAAGAGAAGCGUAAGCAAGCUGUGCGCCAACGGAUCGGUAUGUUUUUUCCAUUGGUUAAUAUUCAUUGA